CGUCGCAAGCUCAAGAACUUCACUCUGUCUUGGUUCAGUGUUUCUAUGGGUACAGGAGCUGUAGCUCAAUUGCUUUAUACUAUGCCCUACCGCGGACCUGGUCAACAAGUUGCGGGACUCGUCUUCUUCUUUCUGAACGUUGUGCUAUUUACGCUAUUCACGUUGGCUACAAUCAUCAGAUACAUCAUGUUUCCUAACAUCCCGCAAAUUAUAUUGCAUCAUCCGUCCGAGUCAUUGUAUGUCGGAGCCAUACCAAUGGCUUUUGCAACACUCAUCAACAUGGCGGUCUAUGCAGGACAUCAACUUGGCCAGGGCGUCAUCACAUUGGCUCUGGUUGGUUGGUGGAUCGAUGCGGUGAUUUCGCUUACUACUUGCUUUCUUGUGACGUACUUCAUGAUCUCCAGACACGAGCACACGGACAUGAAGGAUGCAAGCUCUAUCUGGCUGCUUCCCAUCGUGUCUGCCCCAGUCGCCUCUUCAACAGCUGCGAUUCUCAUUCCCUAUCUCGACACGUCCAAUGCUUAUAUCGUUCUCGUCAGUGCAUACGUGCUCUGGGGAUUUGGCGUCAUGCUGGCGAGCAUGAUUCUCAUUAUCUAUUUACAACGUCUCAUCUUUCACCAUCUGCCUCCCAGACAGCUUAUUGUUUCCAUCUGGCUUCCAAUUGGAUACCUUGGCCAAGGCAUUUUUUCCAUUGUCAAGCUCGGCUCGCAUUGCGACAGCAUCUUCAAGGCAAAAGCCGCCCUUGAUCCGUCAUUUCCACUAGCUGACGCUGGACCGGUAUUCUUCUAUGCUAGCGCGCUAUUCGGUUUGACCUUCUGGGGGUUCAGUAUGUGGUGGCUCAUCAUUGCCAUCUUUGCUGUUCUCGACCAUGUUCGACUAGGCUUUCCAUUUUCCCUUGGAUGGUGGACAUUCAUCUUUCCGACCGCUAGUUUGGUCUCAGGCACCUUUGCUCUUGGUACGGCUUUCAAAUCGUCAUUCUUUGACGUGCUGGGCGAGAUUAUGGCAUGGGCUGCAAUCGUACUAUUCGCAAUGGUGUUCUUCUUGACAAUACGACAAGCAUAUCGUGGUACACUGUUCUACGCUCCAUGCCUCAACACAAGCGUCAAGUCUGAAAAGAAGUAG